AAUAGUAACCCAAGGAACCUCGAGUGCACUACAUUAAGUGUCAAAUGUAUUUCCUCACACCAUAGGUAGUGUACUUAUGUAUGGUGUUUGGAGAUAUUAGGGAUUAGUCCUCAUCUCACUUACAUAGAGAGCGUAUCGUGCUGCAUGGAGAAGUUUUAAAUGGACAGCAAUGCUGUGUAUACAUUUUAAUAAGUACACACGGGUUCGUCUGAAAUUAGAAAAGACGUCAUUUUAAUCUCUCUAGAGGUCUAUGAGGUGUUGCGUUUGAUAGUGAGUUAAUCAGUCCGCGUAAUAAACCCACACAUUUCCUCUCAUGUGUUUUUAACUCCUGUACACGUCUUGGGUUCAGUCGACUCACAUUAGGAUGGACGGUGAUGAUUUGGGAGAAAGUGUUCUUAUUCAUUUGGACGUCGAGAGUCUUAAUCCUGCGAUCGUUACACAUGAGAAACAACAGAAAUCUGAGUUUUCCACCACUCGGAAAUGCUACUCUUAUAUAAAAAAGAAGACCUUUGCAACAUUUGUGGCGUCUAAGAGGGUCCCAACAUCUACACAAGACACCUCAUCACUUUGGCACUGCUGUGACCAGGCAUUCUCAGAGCCCUCGUCCAUCCACAAACAUGUCUCCAAUGUCCAUGCGAAUGAGAUUGACGAGCUCACCGGUGCAGCUCUGGAUCAGAUGCUGAAGCAGUUCAAUGCCGACGGCUCUAUAGAUGAUCCGUACGACUGUCAGUCAAAAGGCACGUCCUGCUGGAUGCCUGAUACAAGCCACCUUUCUGAGGACAAGCUUAGCAAAGGACCAGGUGAAGUCAUCUUGUAUUACUGCUAUUGUCAGAUAAAAGAGCCCAGGUUCGUUUGUGACUGGCAGAAUGAGCUGUGUUCAAAGCUUCGCCUCACCGGCAAGGUACGUGUGGCCACGGAGGGCAUCAACGGAACAGUUGGUGGAACCAAAACAGCCACCAACCUUUACAUCAAGGCAAUGCUGGCACAUCCCAUAUUCCAAGUAAUGCAAGCAGAAGAUUUCAAGACUAGCGAAGGUGGUGCAGAGUGUUUUCCUGAACUUAAGGUUGGAGUGUAUAAAGAAAUUGUCCCAAUGGGUGUGGAUCCAGAUAUAAUCUCCUACAGAUUAGCAGGAACACAUUUGGAGCCUGAGGAAUUCCACAAGGAGGUGCAAUCUCUGCUCAAAGCUGGUUCCUCGAACAGUGAUACAAUUCUGCUGGACUGUAGAAACUUCUAUGAGAGUAAAAUAGGUCAGUUUAAAAAUUGCUUGGCACCAGAUAUUCGCAAAUUCAGCUACUUCCCUGACUACGUGGACAAGAACCUGGACCUUUUUCACAAUAAGAAGGUGCUGAUGUACUGCACCGGGGGCAUACGGUGUGAACGAGGGUCCGCAUAUCUCCGUUCUAAAAACGUAUGUAAAGAAGUGUACCAGCUGAAGGGUGGCAUUCACAAGUAUCUGGAGCAGUUUCCUGAUGGUUUCUACCGAGGGAAACUUUUUGUCUUUGAUGAGCGAUAUUCAAUCUCAUUCAACAGUGACAUCAUCUCAGAUUGUAGGUACUGUGGGACUUCAUGGGACCAGUAUCAGCUCUGCUCUACUGAUUUCUGCUGCCAGCUUGUUUUAUCCUGUACCUCUUGCAGGCAGAAAGGCCUUACAGCCUGCUGCCCAGUGUGCCAAGCCAAAGAGCAGACACCCAGCAGCAGCCCUUCGAGUGGACAUGUGCACAAAGAAGAGUGCGAAUGUACACACUCCCGGCCCAGAAUCCCUAAAGACACUUCAUGAUGAGCAGGUCUCUGGGGCUUCUUCUUGUCCGGCACCCAGUACAGAAAAAAAUAUUGUGUUUACAGGAAAACGUCUGUGACUGAGGACAAAGUUGUAGACAUUGUAAGAGUUUGAUGUAGGAACAGGCAAGAUUUUAUAUAUAUAUAUAUAUACACAUACAUAUAUAUAUACACACACACACACACACACACACACACACACACACACACACA